AUGGAUUAUCCACAAAACCCCAUUGAUCCCUGCCUCUCUCUGCCUCAAAACUCCAUCGAAGCUUUAGAUUUGCUCAAAGCUUCAGGUAUUCUGCCUCUCUUUGCCAGACUCAGACCAUCUAAGCUUCAGACCAUCGUUUGCUCCUUCAGACCAUCGUUUGCUGCUUCAGGUAUUCUCAUUUCACCUAAACCCCUCCCCUUAACUGAGUUUCUUAUCGAUAUGCGAAGAUUUGAUCACUCCUCUCAAUACCCAUUUCGCCUCUCACUCCAAAUCCUCCGCCAUGGAACCACCACACCCACCACCACCAAAAUCCUACUGGCGAUUCAGCAAACAAGACUUUUUCCCAGCACCCUUCUUCCAAAACCUCUCCACAACGAUGCUGGCCCAACUAUAGUUCUUUGUUAUGCCACUUCAGGCCUCUCUGCGUUGCUAUCAGUAUUCUGUUACACUGAAUUUGCUGUGGAAAUACCUGUGGCAGGUGGGUCUUUCUCAUUUCUUCGAAUCGAGUUGAGUGAUUUUCUUGCUUUUAUAGCUACGGGUAAUAUUUUACUAGAGACCGUUGUUGGUGCUGCUGGGUUAGGGCAUUCAUGGUCUUCUUAUUUUGCUAGUAUGAUAAAAUCUGAUGCGGAUUUCCUUAGAAUUCGAGUGAACUCCUUUGCUGAAGGGUUUAAUUUAUUGGACCCAAUUGCGGUUGUGGUUUUAGCGAUUGAUAACACUAUAGCUAUGAGUGGGACACACAGGACAUCUUGCUUGAAUUGGGUUGCAUCUAUUUUCAGUGCUGGGGUCAUAGUUUUCAUUAUAAUUGUUGGAUUUAUGAUUGGUUGCUUAGCUUGA